AUGGGUUGCGAAAGCCUCUCUGUGGCCUUAGCAAUUGUUCUGCUUCUUGAGCCUUGCCUUUCUCUGGCUUGCCUGCAGUGCGACCCCAAUUUCGCCAGCCACUUUUCCUCUUAUGCCCCAAAAUUGAGUCGUAAGUCUUGGGGGCUCGGUGUCGUGCCAGUGGCAGGACGGAGGCUACGGGGCUGGGUUCAAGAUACUCUUCAGGAAUUGAACCUCAAGAUGUCCCCCGAGAUCCCUACAAAGAAGUUGCACACCAUAGCUACCACGGUGUAUGAAAAACUUGAUAUGUUGUUCAAAAACCACACCUACAAACCAGGUGAUCUUCCUAAAAAACUGGAUUCUAUUUUUGAAGAACAAAUCCAAAUGCUACAGGACGCCAUCGUUGACAGCAGACUCAAGUGUGAAAACCACUGUGGUGUAAAUCACUAUGAAGCUAUCUCCUGUGAGACAUGCAACGCAACCAAACCAACUUGUUUUGGCUAUAACUGCGAAUCCUCAGAAAAAUGGAAAGAUGCCUUGAAUGGACUCUAUGAAUAUGUGAAGAAUUUGAACAAGGAACCAGAGGUGUGGGCAUCGGCCCUAAGACAAGUCCCUGCAUUUAGUCACUGUACUGCCAAAAGCCCAGAUAACCUGAAUUUUACAAGUAUAGGAGAUACUCUGUCAAAAAACUGGCUCAAAAUGAUGGCUUUGAAGGAUAUGGAAGAGGACGCCACUCUCUUACAACUACUUGAGCCUAGUUGUUGA